AUAAGGCCUCGAUCGCGACCUGUCAUUUGACGUAACCACAGUUGGUUGUUGGAUCUAGUUGUGUCGGCUGUGGUAUGAUUUUCUCUCAAACGAAUUCCAUUGAUUAGUGUCUAAUUGUUGGAUAAUGCGAGGAGACCCGUCACAUUUUAACACCUCCGAGAGUAAUGACUGCAAAAUGGCGGAAAAUGGGCACGAAGACUUGGACACGAUGGAUGAUAACUUAGACAUUGAUGGUGAUGAUACGGGGAAUUCAAACGAUGCGAAUUUUUACGAUGGUUUACCCGAGUCGGUGAUAGUAACAAAUAUUGAGGACAGUGUUUUUCUCAACCCCGAUACACAGAAACAAUUUGAAGAUGUGUUUAGAUAUUUUGAUGAAGCUGUGACGUUUAAUUUCCUGAAAAGUUUCCGCAGGGUCCGGGUGAACUUCAGCCAUCCUGAGUUUGCUGUGAAGGCAAAACUCAGCUUACAUGAAAUGGAAGUUUGUGGAAGCUGCAUAAAGUGUUACAUGGCUCAGCCGAGAGACAAAAGUCGAGAUAAGGAUGACCCCCACUUACAACCGCCAGCCCCAACAAAACAAUUUCUGAUCUCCCCACCAGCCUCUCCCCCUGUGGGCUGGGAACCAAUCACUGAAGCAGAACCCAUCAUAAACUAUGAUCUCCUGGCCGCCAUGGCAAGUCUCGCACCCGGGGAAGCACAUGAGCUCCACCCACAGUCAGAGAACCAGCCUGCCAUCAUUGUACAUAUAUGUGAAAGUGAGGAACCAAUCGAUUUGUAUGGUGACAAACGGCCAAAACUUCCACAGACACGCUGUCCCGAGCGAAGGACGUGAUACCAUUACCCAACAUGUGGAUCUGACAUUGAAAAAUUAAAUUAAUAGUGAUGCUUUUGGAUAUGAAAUGAUCUUUUUGAGAGCAUAAGGUAUACCAUUGAGACACAAAUUUUAUUUCUGAGUUAAAAAAGGAUUAGAAAGAUUGAAGAUGCUUCAUUGCUCGCAAUAUAGAUAUACACUGCUUCUGACAAAAAUGCAUGAAAUGGCACCUAAGGUAAAUGAAUGGAUGUUUAUAACUAAUCAACACAAACAAAUAACAAAAACAAAAAAUAAUAAUACCAACGCCUAGUAAUCAUCACUUAUAAGAGAGAAAGUUCCGUAAGAAAUACCUAGGUGAAGCAAGAUAGGAUUUCUUUAGGAUGGAAAUAAUUGUUUAUCUGCUUUAAAGAUAAGAUUUGUAACUCAGAAUUGGGAAGGGUGGAAAUAAUUGUUUAUCCACUUUAAAGAUAAGAUUUGAAACUCAAAAUCUGGAAGGGUGGAAAUAAUUGUUUAUCCGCUUUAAAGAUAAGAUUUGAAACUCAAAAUUUGGAAGGGUGGUAAUUGUUUGAAAGUAUACAAAAUCCUAUUGUUAUAGAUUGAUGGUAAUUAUUCUCUGUCAGAUAUGUACAGUAGUAGUGUAGCAUCUUUAAAUGAAUGAAUCAUUGAACUUGAAAAUGCUAUACAGCUGAGUCCUGCUGUGUACAACAUUGUCACCUUAAGACAAGGAAACCUUACUUGCCAUACAUCUAUGUUCUUUUCUCUAUGAAAGUUAUCUUUUUUAACGCAAUUGUUAUUAUGAAUGUUUCAUUGUUUAGUGUGCCUAUUUUCCGCUGAAAUAUAUUAUAGCCCGUCAUGUGGAAUUAUAGAUAUAACAUGUUGCAUUAAACAAGCCUAUUUAUAAAUGUUUCUGUGAUAUUAAUUUAGGAGUUAUGGCCUAGUCAUUCGGGUACAAUUUCAUUAGAAAAAUACCAGCAAAACUGAAGACAUAACACUUAUUUGAGGUCAAAAGUGACACAGGUUUAGCAACAGAAAUCUGAAAUAAAUUUUUUAUUAUUUUUUUUUAUAUAUAUUAUAUCAUACAAACUGACAUUAGAUUUUAUCUUCCUUGUGAAAUGGUACAAUGUGUAUUGUUUAAAUGAUGUUUGUCAUUUUAUUGUCACACAUAUCUCCUUUCCUGAAAGUUUCCAUUACAAGAAACCUUCACAAUAUAACUUUUAUGGUUAAUAAAUGAACUGGUGACAGUAUUAAGAUAAUGCAGUAUGUAUAGCGGUUGUGGAUAUGUGUAAGGUAGCUACAGAUAUCCUGGGACAACUCUGAUCAUAAACUAUUUACUAUAGACAGGCUGUUCCAGCAAAUGUGAUUAUGGAUAUUCCAAAUGGUGAUUCAUGCACUAAUUAUGAAGUAGUUGCUGUGGUGUGACCAAAGUAAAUCUGUGGUUGAGCCACAAUCGACUAGAUAUGUGCAACGUAGCGUCUAGUUUAUCUACACAUGUGCAUUACUUGUAACCAAAAUGAGUUCGCUCCAACUAUAGUUAGACCAUGGGCAUUAUACAUGUAUAUAGUUGCUCCCUAAGUGAGGUAAUGUGGUUUACAGAUUUAUAAUCCCUAACAAGGGAGAUAACUUGGUUUUAUAAUACCUAACAAGGGAGAUAACUUGUAUUUAUAAUACCUAAAAAGGGAGAUAACUUGGAUUUAUAACACAUCAAGCAGUAAAACCAUACCCUUGUAAUAAGCCCACCAUAUAUGUAUUGCUGUUCAGUAUAUUUACCAACAAAUGCUUUUUGUCCUAUAAUAAGCUCACUCCAUGACUGUAUAGACCCCCAUGGUAUAUUCUGAAGUGAGAAUAACUCAUAUAUUUAUGUAUUAUAGGUACCUAGCAUUGUUUGUUACUCUCAAGACAAAACUUUCUCUGGAUGACUCCUCCUGAAGUACUUAGCAAAAACUGAUCAAACUUUCUACACGAGACUGCCAUGCUCAUUCUACUGCUUUUAACAACAGGUUUUAUUAUCCUUCUCUUUGUACUCUUACCUUUCAUAUAUUACCCUUGUUUUAUUGAUUUUGUGUUAGAAUUAUGGUUCUGUUUGCAUAUCGUAUUCUCGGUUUGUUUUGUUUACUGCUGUUAAGAGUUAUCCUUCUUGAUGUAAUUAACCUUAAAAAAAAUUGUGGUAUUUUAUGCAUAAUACAAUAUAUUCUUUGUUUUUGUUUGGAAUUUACCACUGCCAUCAUGGAAAUAUAAAUCUGUUGGACUUUUGCAGAGUUAUUGCCCUUUUUGUUCUUAAAUGUAUAGCAUUGUCAUAUACAUUUUGUAGUUCUGUGAAAAACCCUAACAACUUGAGAUCUGCAAUUCUAGAUGAAUUUAAUUUUUCUGUGAGGAAUUUUUAGCCCACUUUCAUCAGAUUUUGGCUAUUCAUUUUGUCCUUUGUCUGUGGUACGUUUCCCAUCUGUCUGUCUGUUAACAAAUCUUAGUAUCACUAUUUUAUUAAAAGCUCUUGUUGGAUUUUCUCCAAUUUCCGUUGUAGGUUUCCGAUGGAUUUUUAUCAUUUUGAAAAUCACAUUAAAAUUUUUUUUAUCCAGUUCACCAGAUGGAUUCAUUUGAAACUUGCCUGAGGAAUGAUCCUGAUAUGGUCUCGGUUAACUGUUGUUCUUUUUCAACUGGUCCAAAUCCCAAUUGUUCUCAGUAUCUUACACUUGAACUUGGGUCACGUGACUAUCAAGGUCCAUGGGCCUCUUGUUGAGUUUUUGUUUCCAUGGUAACAGAAAAAAAAAUACUGAAAAAGAAACCUAAAUGCCGAUAGCAAAAGGCACAACUAGGAUACAAGCCUAGCACAUGUGCAAUGUUUUGUAGAGAUCAGUUUGAACUGUUUUUGAGUUGUAGACCAGUUUUAACUGAGUUGCUGUUGUACGUUGACAUUCCGUGACAAUGGUGUCACUGUUUUUUUUGACAAUAACAUCAAGCUAAUUGUUGAUAUUUUUCUAGGAUUCUGUCUUAAUAGAGACAUCAACAAAAUGGACAAUAUAGUAACCGAUUUUGAAAACUGUCUCACUAUAAAUCAUAUAUAGCAAUGUAACCAAAUUUCCUUUUAAAAAUGAUCGAUAAUGAAAAGUUUGAUUUUGAUUCUGUUGCUGAAUGACUCGAGGAUGAAUUGCUAAGAUGCAGUGUAUCCAUGAAAUAUGUAAACAUGUACGAGUUUUCUCUCCCUACAUACACCUCCAUCAGCAUUGGCUGCCUGCUAAUGGUAAGGAUAUUGUUAUAUUGCUGUUUGUUUAUUAAAUAAUCUACAAAAUCAA